CCUCCAUUUUCUCGACAAGAGUUCAAGAGCUAGGGUUUUUCGCCAGGUUUGAGCAUUUGGCAACGAUGUAUCUUCAGUUUUACAUAAACGACAAUGGCGACAAAGUCUACACCACUAAGAAAGAAUCACCUCUUGGUUUGGUCACGCAAUCUGCCCAUCCAGCCCGUUUCUCCCCUGAUGACAAAUACUCGAGGCAGAGGGUUCUUCUUAAGAAGCGAUUUGGCUUGCUCCCCACACAGCAGGCACCGCCAAAGUACUGAACUGAGUGCAUUCUCAAAUCAACUGUGGUGCUUUCUUCAGUGUUUAGUUCCCAAACCGCUCCACCUAUAGUAGAUCGUGACUUGGUUAAACUUUGAUCAAUAGUUUUGCCUUUUCUUUCUAUGGCUUGUAAUUGAGCUGUAAAGCACAAAUCASUACUGAACCUUUAUGUUUGUCUUUGGCUUUAUAUCUGUACUGAACUUUAUUUUACUGAAAGCAAGCUAUCUACUUUGAAGAGUUGGUUAAUGCAAGAUGGUCCCUUUUCCAUUA